CAAGCCUAAUCCAGCUCUUUAAAAACAAAACAUGCGGCCGAACAUCGUCAUCAUCUUUCUCUUUAUUUCUCUUCGCCGAUCAAGCCAAGGGGAGGUCGCCGGAACUACGUCAGAGCUUCGCCGGAGAAAAAUCCUUUACCAUUUAAUUGUAAUUCUUCGCCAAUCGAGGUAGGGAUCAAGGAUUUGAUAAGGAGCAACCUUGAGGACAGUGAAGCGUGACGCUGGUGGAUGACCGAAGAUGUUUUAUUUAAAUUAAAUAAGUUUGUUGGAUUUGUUUAUUUAAAUUACCAGAAUGUUGAAUGUUGUUUUUUUAAAGGCUUCCGCAACACACCUUCUAAUUAGUUAGAGAGUAUUGACAAUUUUUUACUGAGUAAAUUUUAUCGGGUCUGGACUCUGGACUCUCCAUUCGAACUAUCUCUCUAGGGUUCUUAUAUCCGCCGAUUUCAAUCGUCUUCUUCGCUUAAUUCAGUGUCUUCCCUAGCCUUACACAAAUCGUUCUUCUCAUUCCAUCUCCCAUGCACUUAAACCUCAUUCUAAUAUUAAUUAAUUUUUGUUUCACUCUCCCUUUUUCGCUCAAAUUUUGCAGACUGAAGGAGAUUUCCGAUCUAUCCAACGGUGACAUGGAGCUGAAUCAGGAAUUAACCAAGACGACUCCAGGCUUAGCAGCUUCUGCCUACGAUGUCGGCCGAUUGGAGUCACCGGCACUAGGGCAGUGAUUGAUUGCUUCCAUCUCUAAUUUCCCAUUUAAUUCCUCUUUUUUAAUUAUUUUCUACUCUUCCUUGUGCACAAAUCAGAUGCUAAAUUAAAGCACAAGGUCGGACUGACAUCAAUUUCAAUUACAGAUGCGUGUGUAGAGCUCUAUGGAUCCAAAGUUAUACCCAUCAAUCUAGGUCAAAUCUCUUAUUACUUUUUAUUUUUGACUUUGUUAAUUGGAUCGUGACUAGCUAGACUCUGUUUUGGCAUAGGUGCUUUGGCAUUGGUUGCUGCCACUAGCUAAUAUGGGACUUUGGACAGAAUAGAGCUUGUCAAUUGUCAUUGGCAUUUGGCCAUUGUUUCUUGGUUCUGAUUUCGGCAAUUUGUACAAGAUGCAUGCUUAGGGGGUUGUUUCCUCGCCAUUUGCAGAUUGAAGUGGCUUAUUCAUAGUGAAAUAAUAUUUUUUUUUUGUAGUUAGGUUGUUGAACACUUUGGUUUUGAUUUGCAUUUUUUAUUUAUCAUUGACUCAAAUGUAAAAUUGUAGACUUUAAGUGUAGUUUUUUCAGUGGGACUUCAGUUUUGUCCUGGCUUGUACUCUUUUCUUUUAAUAAAGAAUUUUGUUUCUC